AAUAGGUAGUAUAUUCAUAUUCUAAGUAAAGAGAACACUAUGAGAGUUCCGAAUAUAAAAAAGUUUUUUUUACUAUUGGUAAUGAGCUACUUAAGUGUGAAUUCGCUUCAAUUUUCUCUAGAAAAAACCUUGUUGUCGGUAAAGGAUAUAGGCAAGGCAGCAGCUAAAAAUAUCAAAAAUUUAUUGCCCACACCAAAAGAUAUAAUUGAAGAGAGUAAAAAGCUACUUAUUAGGUAUCCUCUUGAAUUUGUAAGCAAUACUAUUAAUGAAAUUUGUAUUGCCGCACUUUUCUCAGAAACAAUUGUUCCAAAAUUCACUCCUGACAUAAAUCUUCUUCAGUUUCAAUUGUGCACCGCAUGUAAUAAGUAUAAUUACCCUCUUUUAAAUGCGGAAGAUAUGUGUAGGAGUCCAGAGUUUGAUUCUAAGAAAAAGGUUGUCAUAUUUGCAACCGGCUGGGCCACUAAAGUUAAUGAUAGCAAGGCAAUCAAUGCACUGGCUAAGGCUUACAACUGUCGAGGCGAUGUGAAUUUUGUGGCUUUCGAUACGGCUAAUUUUGUGGAUACACUUUAUACAUGGUCAGCUUUAAACACUGAUGAGAUCGGUUUAAACUUGGCCAAAGGUUUGGUGAAGCUCUCUAAUAUUGUACCAGUGGAAAAUAUACAUCUGAUAGGUCAUAGCUUAGGUGCACAUAUUGUAGGAGCAGCUGGUCGUUACUUUCAGCAACUUAGUGGAAAACAAAUACCACGAAUUACUGGUUUAGAUCCAGCUAAACCUUGCUUUAAUGAGGGUGCAAGUCUCUCUGGCCUAAUGCGAGGUGAUGCUGACUUUAUAGAUAUCAUACAUAGCAGUCCUGGUAUACUUGGUAAACGUGAACCAAUGGGCGAUAUUGAUUUUUAUGCUGGUGGUUUGGAUCCGUUACCAAAGGGUUGCCUAUCUGUAAUGUGUGGUCACGAACGUGCAUGGAGAUAUUUUGCCGAAAGCGUUUAUCCUGGUAAUGAAGAAAAUUUUAUGGGUAAAAGGUGUACGUCGAUGAAACGCUUACGUGGAGGUAAAUGUCCAGGCGAUAAUGUCCCAAUGGGAUUUGCAGUUUCACACAAUGCUAAAGGAAAUUAUUUUUUGGAAAUCAAUGAUAAAGAGCCGUUUGGAAAAAAUGGAGAUAAAACUCAUAUGAAUUUGCAAAGAGAGUGUGGAUUAUGUACAAAUUAAACUAUCUUUUAAAAUUUUG